AUGCCUCGUAUUUUUCGAGCGCAGUUUCGUGACGUUGAUUAUAUAGAUACUUGGAAUGCAAUGGAAGAGCUUGUUAAACUCGGGCUAGUUCGCAGUAUUGGUUUGUCAAACUUUAAUAUGGAACAGAUUCAACGGAUUAUACAAUGUAGCUCAUAUAAGCCAGUAGUUAACCAAGUAGAAAUCUGGCCUGGCUUGCAAAAGGACCUAGUUGAUUAUUGCCGCUAUAAUGGAAUUAUUGUAACAGCACAUUCACCACUUGGUCAGCCAAAUAGAGAAGAUCAUAGUCCAAUAUAUUUCUUUUCGGAAGGUAUGAAACGAUUGACUAAGAAAUAUAAAAAAUCCGCUGCCCAAAUUGUGCUGCGAUAUUUGGUGGACUACGGUGUUGUACCAAUUCCCAAAGCGGCAAAUCCUGUGCAUAUAAAACAAAACUUAAAUAUUUUUGACUUUAAAUUAGAUGAUGCAGAUACCAGGGCCUUACGCGGUGUAAAUCCGAAAAGUCGAAUUGUAAAAUAUGAAACCGUUAGAGAUCAUCCCUUUUACCCUUUUGAGCGUGAUGAUGAAAUUAAUGAGAAAAUAGACGAAGAAUUACCUGCAGAAGAUUUAAAAGAUGAAAACAAAGAAGAUGACGUAGAGGAAGAAGAAGAUAAUUAAUAUUAAUAACUAAGGAUUACAACUUAGAGAUUGGUCCUAAUAAAAAAUAAAA